AUGAGCAAUUCUCUAGAGCAGCUAGGAGAGGCCCUCCCGCCGCUUCCUCUACCAGAGGGCAUCGCUACCGACUACGUCGACUGCUCUGCGUCGUGCGGCCUCAUAUGGCACAUAUUGAAAGCCGGCAUACCCGGUAAACCGCUCAUUCUCUUCUGCCAUGGGUUCCCCGAGAUCGCGUAUUCGUGGCGCAAGGUGAUACCGAAAGUAGCUGAAGCGGGCUAUUACUGCGUCGCCAUGGACCAACGCGGCUACGGUCGCACCAGAGGCUGGCCACGAAAGCAGGCUUUUCACGAGGUCGAUCUUAACGACUACGUCUUCACGAACCUUGUACGAGACCUCGUGUGCUUAGUGUAUGCGCUCGGUUACUCCGAAGUCCACAGCAUCAUCGGUCAUGACUUUGGCGGCGUCAGCUCCGCUAUGGCCGUUCUCAUGCGCCCGGACAUCUUCCAAUCCACCGUCCAGAUGAGCCACCCGCACCACCGGCCUCCAGUGCCCAUAGCUGCGGGGGACAAAGGGAAGGGUGACAACAAUAAAGUAGACAUCCAGGCCGAACUUGCAAAACUCACACCGCCACGGAAGCAUUACCAAUGGUACAACUCAACGGCCCAGGCCGCGGCGGACUGGGAUGACCCGCCGCAAGGGCUGGAGGCGUUCCUGCGCGGCUAUUUCCACCUCAAGUCUGCGGACUGGGCCACCAAUGCCCCACGGCCCCUAGAGAAAUGGAGCGCAGCUGAGCUUGCUUCCCUACCCGAGUACUACAUUAUGCGGGCGGAGCACUCGAUGCCCGCUGCCGUCGCCGCUAACAUGGAGAGCGAGAACGCCCAAUUGACGGAACGGUGGCUGUCACCCAAGGACCUGCAGGUGUAUUGCGCGGAAUGGCGACGGACCGGAUUUCAAGGCGCGCUCAACUGGUACCGGGCUCAGACGGCGGCAACCCCGCAGUCAGCGCACGACCUGCUCCUCUUUGCAGGGCGCCGGAUCGAGGUCCCCUGCGCCUUCAUUAGCGGUCAUCAGGACUGGGGCAACCACCAACGGCCGGGGGCACUCGAGGGCUACAUGGACCCUCGGACGGUGAAGCAGGGCCUUUACCGAGGCGCAAGGUUUAUCGAUGGCGCAGGCCACUGGGUGCAACAGGAGCAGCCAGAGGCUGUUGUGAAGGAGAUUUUAUGGUUCUUGGGGACCCUAGAAUCUUCCGAUGAAUAA